AUGCGCCGGUUAUUCCUUCUCUUUUCGCUCCUCUCUGCGUCAGUCUUCGCCAGUCACAUCUGUUUGGAAACGGCAUGCUCCUCUUUCGUGAGUGUUCUGAAAGGUUUGAUGAGAAACGAAUAAUUGCUUUUCAGAACGUCGAAGCCGACAUCGUCAUUGUGGUGGAUGCUUCCAACGCCUACGAUCAGACCACAUUCGAAAGUGUGAGUCCCCCGCUUCCUCAGUACUUUCCGAUCGUAUCUCCUUCUCCUCCACGUGCUCUCUUUUUGUCAUUUUCUAGUCUAUUCUCCAUUUCUCCAUCUUUCUUAUCAGUGUCUAGUUUGACCCGUCCAUUUUCAGAUCCGCUCGUUCCUUCUCAACUUUGUUAGCUCCCUGACCAUCUCUCCGUUGGACAGUCAAGUGGCCAUUUAUGCCUACGGGACCACCGCCGAUCGGGUCGCUUCUUUGAGUGACGGAAGUGCUCUCGGGUCCCUUCAGUCGAAAAUCAACACGACUUUGAAGUAUCAGGGAUCUGCGGAACGGAAUCUCUAUCAGGCACUGACAAAGGUUCAGGCUGAAGUGAGCUCCAACUCCGGGCUCAGAAGCGCCGAUUACAAGAAAGUUCUUGUUGUGAUUUCGGGAGAUUCGUGAGAAAGAUUCCAACUGUUUUCGGCAUUGCCAAGUUUGUUUUCAGAUGGACAGGAAACGCCGUGAUCGGAAGUCCGAUUCUCACGCAAAUCCAGCAGAAGUUCAACGUGAUUCUGUCCGUGGGCUUCGGCGCGAAAGCAGUCGCCAACCUGAACUCUCAGCUGCCGCAGCUCUCCACCGCCACCACGAAACACCUUCUUCGCAGUCACUCCCGAUCAGCUUUCCUUCGUCUCGGCGUGGGUGGCCUCCCUCUCGUGCCCGGGAGUUCAGUUCAGCACGGUAUCCCCCGGACCGACCACGGUCCCCACGCAGGCGCCCUCCGUCACGUGCCCGCUUGCCAGCCUUUCCUACGAUGUUUAUCUGAUCGUCGAUGUCUCGAACAAGGCUUCCGCUGCCGAUUUUGCCGCAAUGAAAACCGCCAUUCACAACUUUGUCGCCCCGUUUUCGAUCGGAGACAGCGGCACUUCGUUCGCCCUCGUCACCACUGGAAUCGACUCUCAACUCUUUUACACUUCGUUCCACAACGGACAAUCCAGGUGGGACCGAUUCUCCUUCCAAAUGAACAUUCUCAUUCAGAAGUGACGUGCUCACAGCAGUCGACGGCCUUCUUCAAGACGACGUUCCCGGCCAAACUCUCAAUUUGGCACUAAAUGCCAUUCAGGGCUACCUCGGCCAGUCGACCAACGCCUCUAAUAAGAUCCUCGUCUACUUUACCAGUACCAGCGCCUGGGACGUGAGCCCAACUGGCACAAUGAGCUCCCUCAAGUCCAAGUACUCGUUGAGUCCGCUCGCGGUUCAGUGGGGAUCCUCGGCCGCCAUCUCUGAUCUGACCAGUCUCGUCGGUGGAUCCAGCUGUGUCAACGUGGUUUCCAACAAGGACGCCACGCCACAAUGGCUCCAGAAUAAGAUGUGCUCGAAGGUUUUCUGUUAAUUUUGUGCAAAUAAAGAUAAUUUUGCUAUUCCAUCGCACCUUUCGCGAGUGUUCGAUAGAAAUGAGAAAACGAGAGAGACUAGAGAAUGCGUUUUCCUACUAAGCCGACAGCAAAUUUACAGAUGUGCUGUACCUACUGGCCAGUCGAAAUUUUUUCAAACUUUGCUGAAAUUGGAUUGAGGUAUCUUGAGUCCAAGCUUCAGACCAAACAGAUCGGAUUAACGUGGUCGAAAGGCCAAGUUUUUGCGAAAUUUGCCGUCUCUGAGGGAGCCAAAGCUGUCACCAAGUUCACUACAAGCAAGUAA